GGUUUCUUUCUCUCAAAAGGUUUACAAUCCGCCGUUCUCUCAUAAAAUUGACCAAUUCCUUUUUCAUAUUUGUAGUCGACUAUUCCAGAAGCAGUUCGCAAGAAGCAUAGGCCGUCAAAAGCAGACGAUACCGAUUCUUCUUUCGAUAGUUCCGACUCAGAGUACGACGCCAUGAGCGAUAGCGAACCUGCCAUGAAGCCCAAGAGCAAAGCCGAAGAAGAUAUAGACAAUGGCCCGACUGCGUUGGAACAAGCUGUAGAGGCAGUAAAAGGUGUAAAGGAACCAGUCACACUUCGAGUUGUUGAGGAAGACGAUGAAAUCAAAAAGCUGUUGUUAGAGCGCAAUAGAGGCGGAGACCUGAGCCACGAUGACUACAAGCCUUUCUAUGUCUCUGUCAAGCGUAAGCCAGAAAUCCAAGCAGCAAGACUGAAGCUUCCGGUGUGUGGUGAAGAGCAAGUUAUAAUGGAAGCCAUCAGAAAUAACACUGUGGUUAUCAUUUGUGGUGAGACUGGAUCUGGUAAAACAACACAAGUUCCACAGUUUUUGUAUGAAGCAGGAUUUUCUCACCCAGAUAGCGUCAAUCCUGGCCUCAUUGGUGUUACCCAACCACGCCGUGUCGCUGCUGUCAGCAUGGCCAGUCGUGUUUCGCAUGAACUGAACGUCACCGAUGAAGUUAGUUAUCAGAUUCGUUAUGAUACAACCACCAGCAAAAACACAAGGAUCAAAUUCAUGACUGAUGGUGUCCUUCUGAGAGAACUAGCGGCAGAUUUUCUGCUUACAAAAUACUCCGUUCUCAUUAUUGAUGAAGCCCAUGAAAGAAAUUUGAACACUGAUAUCUUGAUUGGUGUCAUAAGUCGAGUUCUUAAACUGAGAGCCAAUUUGAGUAAACAAGAUCGCGAGAAGAUAAAGCCACUUCGCGUAGUCAUCAUGUCAGCAACGCUUAGAGUCACUGAUUUCACUCAAAACAAGUCUUUGUUUGACAACCCACCGCCUGUUAUUAAAGUUGAUGCCAGACAAUAUCCAGUAUCUAUUCACUUUAAUAAGCGCACACCAGAAGUUGACUAUGUUGACGAAGCCUAUAAGAAAAUUGGCAAGAUUCACAAGAGAUUGCCACCAGGAGGAAUCCUUGUCUUUUUAACCGGACAGCAAGAGAUCGUUAAUCUUUGUAAAAAGCUUCGUCAGCGAUUUCCUACGCUGCCAAAGCGUGCUUCGAAAAUAGAUGUUGCAAAAGAAAAAGCCUCGAUUGAAGCAGAGUCUCGUAUAGAAACAGUUUCAGCACGUAACGAGGAUGUUGAAGCUGAGGAGAUUGAGCUGGGUGACUCUGCAGAUCAAAUUGAAGACUUUGAGCUACCUGAUAGUGACGAAGAAGACGAUAGCGACGAUGAGCUUGGAUUUUAUGGCGAAGAUGACGUGCCAAAUGAAGAGGAAGACACUGAUGCUCCCUUGCACGUUCUUCCGUUGUAUUCCUUGCUCCCCACUGAUGCUCAGAUGCGAGUGUUUGAAGAUCCACCUGAAGGAACUCGCCUAUGUAUUGUUGCUACUAAUGUAGCAGAAACAUCUGUUACUAUUCCUGGCAUUCGAUAUGUUGUUGAUGCAGGCAAAGUGAAAGAGAGGCAGUAUAAUUUGGGCACCGGCAUUCAAUCAUUCGACGUGGACUGGACAUCAAAGGCAUCUGCGGAUCAGCGCGCAGGUCGUGCUGGUAGAACAGGACCUGGCCACUGCUAUCGACUUUACUCCUCCGCGGUCUUCGACAAUUACUUUCCACAAUUUUCUGUUCCUGAAAUUAAUCGCAUGCCUAUCGAAGGUGUCAUCCUUUCAAUGAAAUCAAUGUAUAUUGAUAACGUGGUGAACUUUCCAUUUCCCACACCUCCACCAAAGCCCAAUUUGAUCAAAGCUGAAAAGAUCUUGACACAUCUGGGAGCAAUCGAUCGUGAUCAGAAACGCAUCACUGAUUUAGGAAGAUCAAUGGCCACUUUCCCUAUCAUCCCGAAAUUUGCCAAGAUGCUCAUCAUCGGCCAACAGCAUGGAUGCUUGCCUUUUGUGAUCGCCAUUGUCUCUGCUCUUUCUGUCGGAGAUCCAGUCUUAAGAGAUAGCGACCUGAAUGACCUUGCAGACGAGGAAAGCGAUAGCGACGAUGAAAAUGGUACCACGGAUGUGAAGAAAAUGGAACUUCACAACAUUCGUAACGAAAGCGUUGCUGAGAAGGAGCGCAGAAAGUUGACAAGAAGUAAAUAUUACCAAACCCAAAUGAAACAUGCCGGAUUGGAUCCUACAAGCGACAUCAUAAAGUUACUCAACAUAGUUGGUGCCUAUGAAUAUGCUGGUGCAACCCAAAGCUUUUGCGAGGCGAAUUUUGUUCGUCCCAAGGCGAUGGAGGAAAUAAGAAAACUUCGUAGACAAUUGACUAACUUGGUUGUGGCCAAUUGCGACGGAGUCGAUGUCUCGAUCGACCCUAAAAUGCAACCACCAUCUACACUACAACUUAAAGUUCUGCGACAGAUCCUUACCGCAGGUUUUAUUGACUCUAUUGCUGUACGCAAGGAUUAUAUUGAAAGCGGCGGAAGCGAAGGCAGCAAGUUCAAGAGCACACGAGGUGUCCCGUACAGAGUCAUGUGGAGCGACGAAGAUGUAUUUAUACACCCAUCUUCCGUCCUUUACCAUCAGCCAGCCCCUCUUUUCGUUGCGUACAACGAGCAGUUCAAGAGCAGUAAAGUGUGGUUGAAAGGCGUGACAAAAGUGGAACCAAAAUGGCUUGCUAAAAUUGGUAAAUCAAUGUGUACGUACGGAAAGCCUCUAGAAUUCCCAGUUGCCAAGUUCAUGAACGAAAAGAAGACUGUGAAAAAGUCGUGGGUUGUUCCAAGCUUUGGUCCUAAAGGUUGGCCAUUGCCGCCAGUUGAAAUAGAGCAAAAACUUGUUGGCACUCGCUGGGUGUUUACUACCCAGUGAUCUUGCGGUUUUAGUUAGCUAAAACAAAAACAAAAUGUAUUAUACAGUUAUCAUUCUGCAUUUUGAUUUUCCCUCAUAAAACUAGCAUUGUAUAUCAUAUAAAUUCAUCUCUUUGAAUCAUGUUGACA